GUACGUGCUAUCUUUGCGUCAUAGGUGUCACGGUGGUGAAUAUGAUUUUGAGCACGUGAAUGUUUGUUGUGUGGAGUGUACUGUGUUUAUUAUUUAGGCGCAGUGUUGACAAUUUGUGUUAGGAGAGCAGAAGCACAAUGGUUUUUUAUUUCACCAGUAACGUCGUGUCACCACCAGUGACAUUGUUUAUGGGAAUAGACAAAUUCGAAAAUGAAGACCUCAUCAAAUGGGGAUGGCCAGAAGAUGUGUGGUUUCAUGUUGACAAGGUUUCAUCUGCCCAUGUGUACCUAAGACUCCACCCUGGUCAGACUCUAGAUGAUAUACCAACUUCAGUUUUAGAAGAUGCAGCACAACUUGUGAAAGCUAACAGCAUCCAGGGCAAUAAACUUAACGAUGUAGAUGUUGUGUACACAAUGUGGUCCAACUUGAAAAAAACAGAUAGCAUGGAAGUUGGUCAAGUUGGAUUUCAUCGAGAUAAAGAGGUACGAAAAAUUCGAGUGGCAAAACGAAACAAUGAAAUUGUGAAUCGAUUAAACAAAACAAAACGUGAAGAGCAUCCAGAUUUGCAAGCAGAACGUGAACAAAGGGAUCGUAAAGAACGGGAAGACAAAAAGAGGUUACUUCGUGAGCAACGUGAGAGAGAGAAGGAAGAAGAGAGAAGAAAGAAAGAAGAAGCUGAACUGAGGAGCUACAGUAACUUAAUGAAACCUGAGAAUAUGACAUCAAAUAAAUAUGAUGAUGGAAAUGAUUCUGAUGAUUUUAUGUAAUGUGCACUGAAGACAUGGAACAGCUAUAGAUAUUACUUUUGACUAUGUGGAUACUGUGCAAAUAUUGAUGUGUUAAUAUUAGUUAAAAUAAAACCAUUUUCUAUUCAAUAAAUACUUUUCUUUGAAACGUGUAAA